ACGAUAGCUUGCAGCGCAGCCAGAAGCGGUGGCAAUGGCGAUGGCGGUGACCAACAGGAGAGUGAUCCUGAAGCGGUACGUGCAGCCAGGGCUAUUUUCGGAGGAUGCCAUGGAGGUGGUGACAGGGGAGACGCCACCGCCGCCGGUGGCCGGGUCGGCGGCGGUUCUAGUGAAAAAUUUGUACAUCUCCUGUGACCCCUACAUGCGUAACCGGAUGAUCCGUCAUGAGGUGUCUACCUAUGUUGCGGACUACAUCCCUGGGGAGGUUUUGACAAAUUAUGGCGUGAUGAAGGUGAUAUCAUCUGGGCACCCAGGUUUCAAGGCCGGUGACCUAGUUUGGGGCGUGACCGGAUGGGAAGAAUACACCCUGAUCGACAAGCCAGAGUCUCUCUCCAAGAUCAAUCACCCUGAUCUUCCUCUGUCCUACUACACUGGUGUGCUUGGAUUGCCUGGGCUUAGUGCAUAUGUUGGAUUCUUUGAGGUGUGCAAGCCGAAGAAAGGUGAGCAUGUGUUCGUCUCCUCGGCAUCCGGCGCCGUAGGUCAGCUUGUUGGACAGCUUGCUAAGAUCACAGGCUGCCAUGUGGUCGGCAGUGCUGGUUCUGACGAGAAGGUCAACCUGCUGAAGACCAAGUUUGGAUUGGAUGAUGCUUUUAACUACAAGAAAGAGCUAGAUCUCGAUACAGCUUUGAAGAGGUACUUCCCAGAGGGGAUUGACAUCUACUUUGAUAAUGUUGGCGGAUCAACACUUGAUGCUGUGCUACCUAAUAUGCGGUUGUUUGGCCGGAUCGCGGCGUGUGGGAUGAUCUCACAGUAUAACCUGGAGUCCCCGGAUGGUGUGCACAACCUCUUCUACAUCAUCACCAAGAGGUUGCGCAUGGAGGGGUUUGUUGUGUUUGACUAUAAGGGCAUGUAUCACCAAUUUGAGGAGGAGAUGGCGGGAUACUUGAAGGAAGGUAAGGUGGAGUAUGUGGAGGACAUUGUCGAGGGGCUUGAUGCAGCACCGGCAGCCCUCAUCGGACUCUUCACUGGUCGUAAUGUCGGCAAGCAGCUGGUUGCCAUCUCGCGAGAGUGAUGUGUUGAAUUGCUUGGGAGGGUCGUGUGAGCAAUGCUUGAUAUUGCUAUGAUUUGAAUCCAAAACUUGAGUAUGUUCAUGUGAUGGGGAAGUAGUGAAUGCUCCCGCCACCAGAUCUGAAAUCCGUGCGUUUAGAUUUAAAAAUGAUUUUCAUAGUUUACAUAUGGAUGUCCAUGAGCUUUAUUUAUAUUAUCUUAAAGAAUUAAAUAAAUGGGCAUCUCACUUGACUUCAUAGAUUCAGAACUAAUGGUGUGGGACUGCAUUUUGCUUUUGAAGAUGGGAAUGUCCAAAGAAGUGUACAUUUGAACACGAAU